UUGGUUAUCAGAAACUACAGAAUGCUUUCUCUUACUUCAUUCACCCUGCACCAUUCCGUCUUCCUCAAAUGCGAAUAGUCAUAGUGAAAAAACAGCAAGAACACCUGAACGCAAUGCAUAA